AUGGAAGAUGAUGACCAUGAUGAUUUUGGUAAAUUGGAUGAUAUCGAUUUCGACAUGGAUGAAGAAGACAAUGAAAUUUCAAAUUCAACAUUUAUCGAAAGGAAUGAUUUACACCAAACUAAACUAAUGAAUAAUUUACGGCAAAAAGAACUGUUAGUGAAACAGAGUGUUUCUGCUGCAAUGAAAAAUGAAAAGAUUAGAAAAAGUAUUGGAUUAGUUUUGCCAAUAUUGCGAUUUAUGACACCUCCACAAAAACUAGCAUUGGCCGCGUUAGUCAAAAAACAAGUUACAGACCCUAAUGAAAAUGUUGGCUACAAUUUAAAUGAGGUAAUAGCACAAUUUGCUAGGAAUAAUAAAAACACUAGCCGUGAUUUACUACUUCCCAUAUCUUUGGAUAUUGCAAAUUUACUACGGAAGCCGCGUCAUAUAGACGCUAAUGACGUACCACAAUUUCAAGCCUUAAAUGCAUCAGAAUUACCAAAAAUUACAAACGAUGAGCUUAAUAAUACAAACACUAAGGAAGAAGAGGCCAUUGAAGAAUUACCAGAUGCUCAAGAGCUUCGAAGAAACGUACACCUGCAUUAUGGCAAUAAACCAAAUGGACCUUUUCGUCGAAAUAUUAUUGACCGGAGGCAUCCUCCGCCUCCGAUAAAAAUAGCACAACAAAAUCGUAAAGCCAUUAAAUAUUCUGCUACCCAAGAAAUUAAGGAUAACAACUGUGAUACACUAGUCAACGGAAUUUGUUUGGAAACUAACGAUUAUCCAUUAGAAACAAUCCAAAUUGCCAUUCGUCGAAAUAAAGAAGCUAUGGAACAUUUGUUUGUUGAAUUUCGUGAUUUAAAUGAAACCAGUGAAAAUGAUAUAUCAAAUAGGCGAAGUGGUGAUGACGAUAAAGGCUCUAUGUGUUCAUCAAUGGUUAAAUAUGCAAGACCAAAGAAAGCAAAAGCAACUAAUGGAAAAUGGAAAUUUGUAGUAAAUACUCCAGAGCAUACACAAACAUUACGAAUUGAAAAAUGCUUGAAUCCACAUGGUACUUGUAGUUACUUGACCGAGAAUUUUAAAUCUCAAUGCAUACAAGUGUAUAAUUAUCAUCGACUUUUAACAUGGGAUAAGCGUAUUGGAUUACACAUGGAUAUUUUUAAGGUACCCACAUGCUGUUCUUGUCAUAUAGAAGGAUAUAAAGCAACUUAUCCACCGGAAACUCAUCAUCCAAAACCAAACGCACACACAGAGAUAUACCCGGGACAUGAUCUAGAACACGAACAAGCCGACAUAGAUCCUAAUUUAAUAAUUAAUGAAUCUCAAUUAGAUGCAGCUUUAUCGUUCGGAGAACCCGACUAUCAUCACAAAUCUGGAUCAAUAAAUAAGCAUGUAUACCGAAAGCCACCACAUAAAUCCAUAGCAAAACAAUCAACAAUUGACAGUUUUCCAUCGAAUUCAAACUAUGGCAUAUCUCAUUAUCUGGAAGCUCCCAAACCGCAAGCUAAUCCUUUCUUAAAUCCCACUACCACUUUUACAAGAUCACCGAAUCCUAUUAAACGAGGAAUUGCAAAUUCAACACCACAUAAACAGCCAAAACGUAACUACCGCCGCCCAUCACAACAAAUUCAUGAUUUAGAGUAUGAGUCAUCCAGUCAAAAUUUACAGACAAGUGAUCCAUUUCCUACGAAAAGAACCACUACUACUACUACUACAACAACGGAACAAUAUGAGGACUACGAAGACACUACACCAGUAAAUGUAAAAAAAUAUAAUCGUAAUGCUAUUACGAAACGAGUGAAUUAUAAUUAUCAUCCAAUAAUAGACUUUUUUGAGCCACCAAAUCAUCGUAAUAAUAAUGAGGAUGACGGACCUCAGCAACGAAUGGAUGUUAGCACCAUGGAUGAUACGGGCGGUUGGAGACCGGUAACUCCACCAAAUUUAUUGUAUAAUUCUAGGAGACAACAACUUUAA